CCUUACUGCAAAACUACCUCUCUCGCUCAUAAAGACAACUCCUUUAUUCAGGAGAGAGAAGAGUCUUGGAAAGAUUCUCCACGCAUUCGAAAUGCGCUUAAAAAACCCUAGAAAUGUUCAGAGAGGAAUUCUUACCUGAGAAGGGAGCGUUGCCAUGGAGAUGAUGGAUUAUGUAACUGGCGGAGUUUCAGAGAGAAAGCUGAGAAAUUACUUGUUUUUUUUGAUCAUUUGUAAGUUUUCUAGGUAAUAGAUAGAUAUACAGAGAUGUUUUUUUUAAGAAUUAGAUAUACACUUUUCGAUUUGCAAUUUCGAACAUUUUAGUUUACAUACACUGAAAAUUAUAGUGAGAAAUUUCGUAGAAUGAGAAAUCUUCCAGCUCUUACAGCUGAGAGAGAAAGUAGGAAGUUUCUAUUUUUGUGAGAAACCCUAAAAAAUCGUCCUGCAACAAGAAUCUGGAAUCUACCUUAUUUUGGCAAGGAAACCCUAACGCGGUUUCUGGCGUCCCGUGUUAUAGAAGCGUUACCCUAAAACAUCGCGGGACGGUGUGCAGUACAGAAACUCAAAAGUAAUAAAAAACCAGUGUUCCCUACAGCGGUUUCCGCCAUUUGAGGUGAGAAACCCUGGAAAAUCGCAGGUGAAAAGCGCGAGCGAGAAAUGGCUUCUAAGGUGAUGGCUUCUUCCAAUUCCACUACAAAUUCGGAUCUGAACCGUCAAGCUUCAAUAUAUUCCCUCACGAUUGCAGAGCUCCAAAACUCGAACAAGGGUUUAGGGAGCAUGAGCAUGGAUGACCUUCUUCGUAAUAUAUGGACAGCUGAAGAGUCUCAGGCUAUGGCAGCUGCUCUCGCCGGAAACCAGCCGGAUUCAGGCCAAUUGGCGGGGAACAUGUCAGAUUCUGGCCAAGUUAUGAUGAAUUCUGGUUCUUUUCCUCAUCAAAACAACCUUUCAUUACCUAAACAAGUCGCCAACAAGACUGUAGAGGAAGUUUGGAGGGAACUUGCCUCCUCUUCUGCAACUGAUCAGAGAGGAGAGAGAAUGGUUUAUAAGGAGCCUACUUUUGGGGAAAUGACACUUGAGGACUUUUUGGCUAAGGCAGGGAUUGUGAGAGAGGAGAACCAGGCUCAGGGGGUUUGUGAACCCUCGGAUUGGAGGAGAUUUGGUGUGAAGGGAGAUGAGAUGGUGUCUCAGCAGUCGAUGUUUGGGGAUGGGGUUUUGGGGGUGCAAGGGCAGUUUCAGAGAUUAGGGGGAUUGGAGGAGGGUGGUUUGGGGAGUAACAAUAAUAAUGGGUUAGGGUUAGGGUUAGGGCAUGAGGGAUCAAGCAGGGGUAAGAGGAGAGCAGUUCACGAGCCGGUUGAUAAGGUUGCCCAGCAAAGGCAGAGACGGAUGAUAAAAAACAGGGAAAGUGCUGCUCGUUCUAGAGAGAGAAAACAGGCCUACACUGUGGAGUUGGAGACAUUAGUUACACAACUGGAGGAGGAAAAUGCACAACUACAAGCACAACAGGUUGAGGAAAACAGAAAGAGGCGUGAGGAGUUGAUGAAAGUUUUGAUACCAGUUGAUGAGAUGCCAAGGCCGCCGCGCAUGCUUCGCAGAACUCGCUCCAUGCACUUGUAGAUAGAGAGAUGAUCGAAGAAACCUUGGAAACCUCAAAAAGGCUAUCAUUUCACAUGCUUACAUUAGAGAUUAACCCAGAAUUGGGGCACUCUAUACCCUCAAAUACUAUCCUGGGUCCCCCCCUUCAUAGAAAGCAUUGACACAAGGAGAAAGAAGCAUGGGGAUCUGGGCUCUUUUCCAAGGUCGAGGGCUUUUGGAAAUUGAGGGUUGGUUGGGAUACUAAGCCCUAUCUUCUUGUUUUUUUAUGAGGAAGCUCGUGGGUAUUCAGAGAAGUUUAAAGACAUGCCUGAAUAAUGGCCCUAGCUUAAAGAGGAGAAUGUGCCCUUUGUAUCUAAGUAUCCUAUUAUAAUGAUAUGAUAAUAAUAAUUAUAACAUACGAGAUCUCAUUUGAUGUACAGUGUCUGAUCUUCAUUUUUAUUGGUGGUACUGGUAACAGAAAUCAGAAUGCUUCUUCUGGAUUUAUUA